AAAAUUCUCCGGGGAUCAACUCCGUUUCCUUUUGCUUUUGUAUAAAGGGACGACGAAGUUGGUUAGGUGCUGGCAGGUGAAACCAGAGGUCCAAACAGGAAUCAACAUCUGCCGCGGAUCGAAAACCCUAGCAUUUUUUUCUCCGUUCCAUGCGCUAAAAUCCUCAAACUAGGGUUCUGGUUGGGCUCCGAAACCGUUUCUAGCUCGAUGAAUCGGCCUGCAGAAGGCUCGAUUGGGGUUCUUGCUGUCGGAACCUAGAACCCUAGUUUACAGAUCGAGUUUGGUUUCACUUCCUUCUCUCAUGGCGAUCAUUGGCGACGCGCUUCGCCAGGCUUUCAUGCCGAAACACGAGUACGAGAGCCUCCGGGAGGAGGAGAGGGCCUGGGGCCGCCUCCAGAGGCCCUUGGUCGCCGCCCUCGCGGCGGCACUCGGCCUCGCAGUCAUCGUCGCCGUCUCCGGGAGCAUGAGCAUCGUCUUCCCCGGAGAUGCCGGCCGGCGGCCGUUCUGCAGGGACCGGAGGAUCCAGGCGCUGCCGAUGAAUGCCAGCCAGGAGCCUGAUCUAUACCGGUACCACGGCGCGUUCUAUUUGACGGACGAGGAGGCAGCGGACUAUUACUGGAUGGUUGUCUUCAUCCCAUCGGCAAUCGUCUUCUGGGCAUCGGUCGUGUAUCUCUUGGCCGGAAUAGCUGUUGCUUAUUCUGCUCCAAGAAGACACAUAUGCCUGAAGGUAGUGGAGAAUAACUACUGUGCAUCGAAAAGAGGUGGGGUACGUUGUCUAUCGAUUCUCAAUAUUGUGUUUGCGGUGAUCUUUGGUCUUCUUGGACUAUUUCUUGGAUCAAGCCUCCUCACACUAGGGAGUAGUUGCUCCAUUUCGCUCUUCUGGUGUUAUGAGAUUGCCUCUUGGGGUCUUGUAACCUUGUAUGGUGGCACUGCCUUCUUGCUGAGAAGAAAAGCAGCAGUGAUCCUUGACGAGGGCGAAUAUGCUGGCCGAAACCUUGGAUUGGAGAUGUUGGAAUCAGCCAGAGAAGUGACACCAGAAAUGGAGAGGCGUGCGAAUGAAGGUUUCAAGGCAUGGAUGGGAUCUUCCCUCCUUUCUUCUGAUGAGGAAGAUGAGCCUGAUUGCAACCUAGAGGUGGCUCAACCAAUUCUAACCGACACUACCCUCCAAAGAGGGUGAGGUUUGUUGUUUGGAAUUCUGUAAAUUGAUCCUCAUCUGGCUUUUUUUUAUUUUAUUUUUUUUACAAUUUUUUUAUUUUUUUAAAAAAUAUUUUGUGUGUGUAGAUUGUAAUCAUGCAAAACCACCAUUGUUUAUGUUGUAAUAUACUGAGUGGUGAAUUUAGAUACACGUCCAUACAAAAGAA